CUACAUUAUUCAAUGCCUAAAAGAGUUGAUUCCUGCCGUGGAAAAUGUUUACGUUGUAAUAGACACAUAUUGUAUGGAUUUUGUAAUACAAGCUUUCAGCUUUAUGACUUUCGUGUCAACUGCUCUAGAUGGGUUUCCACAAAAAGGCACGUUGGCUUGAGUAGCCUCAAGGGUAACAAGCCUUGGUUAUGGCUUGGAAAGCAUUUGCUACAUGUUGGUUAUUCACGUUCUAUUAUAUUUCCUGUCUCCCUUUCUAUGGCAGAAAUUUCAACUCACUCCAAAGGAGAAGAACAAACAAUUGAAAACGUCUCUCCACAACAAAUAAGAAAUUUUUGUAUCAUCGCGCACAUCGAUCACGGAAAAUCCACUCUUGCAGAUCGUUUAUUGCAAUUGACAAAUACUGUGAGCAACAGAGAUAUGAAAGAACAGUUUUUGGACUCCAUGGAUUUGGAAAGGGAGCGAGGAAUUACUAUCAAGCUGCAAACGGCAAGAAUGAGUUAUACAGCUGCGGAUGGAAAGCAGUACAUUCUGAACUUGAUAGAUACUCCAGGUCAUGUAGACUUUUCUUAUGAAGUAAGCCGUUCACUUGUCGCUUGUGAAGGCGCUAUUCUAGUUGUCGAUGCCAGUCAAGGAGUAGAAGCCCAAACUUUGGCAAACGUUUAUUUAGCUUCCGAAAGUGGUCUGGAGAUUAUACCAGUCUUAAACAAAGUUGACCUUCCUUCAGCGGAACCUUUGCGUGUUAAACAAGAAAUUGAACAAAUGAUUGGGCUGGACACUAGUGACUGUUUGGAAAUAUCAGCCAAAACAGGGAAGAAUGUUGAAAAGGUGUUGGAAUAUAUUGUCGAGUAUAUUCCACCACCGAAAGAUCGAUCUGAUGCUCCUCUUCGUGCUCUUAUUUUUGAUAGUUAUUAUGACUCGUAUCGAGGAGUCAUUGUAUAUUUCCGUAUUUUCGAUGGAAUAUUGGAGACUGGAAGAAAGAUUCGUUUUAUGAACUCCCAAAAAGAUUUCGAAACAGUGGAGAUUGGAGUUUUAGCUCCUCAUCAAGUUUCCGUUGCUCGUCUUGGUCCAGGUGAAGUGGGAUAUUUAGUGGCAGGAAUCAAAACAGUACAGGAUGCCAGAGUUGGAGACACUAUAACAUUAGCUAGUCAACCUGCUCAUUCUCCAUUAGCUGGAUAUAAAGAAGCUAAACCUAUGGUAUUUUGUGGAUUGUAUCCAGCAGAUGCAGAUCAAUUCGAGGAUUUAAGAGAAGCCUUAGAAAGACUCAAAUUGAAUGACUCGGCAUUGAGUUAUGAACCUGAGAGCUCUUCUGCUAUGGGAUUUGGAUUCCGUUGUGGAUUUUUAGGACUAUUACAUAUGGAAAUUGUUUGUGAGCGUCUUUCGAGAGAAUACGGACUAGAUUUAGUGACCACAUCUCCCAGUGUGGGUUAUUAUGUGCACUUGGAGAAAAAGUCUCCCUUACUAAUUCAGAACCCUUGUGAGCUGCCUGAACCUCACCUUAUCGAUCAUAUUGAAGAACCCUAUGUACGUUUAGAAAUCAUUACACCCAGUGAGUUUGUAGGUUCAUUGAUGGAAUUGACUCAAUCGAGAAGAGGAAUAUUUCAAGAUAUGAAAUACAUCACAGCUACUCGCACUUCACUUAUUUAUGAAUUACCACUGGCAGAGUUGGUCACCAACUUUUUUGAUCUAGUAAAGUCUCGCUCUCGUGGAUAUGCUUCCAUGGAAUAUCACUGGAGUGGAUAUCGUGUAGGAGACUUGGUCAAGUUGGAAGUUGCCGUGAAUGGAGAAAAAGUGGAUGCUCUUUGUAAUAUUGUACAUCGUGACAAAGCAUAUUCCAUUGCUCGUGCUCUUACAGAAAGAUUAAAGGAACUGAUUCCUAGACAACAGUUUCGAAUUCCUGUUCAAGGUAUGAUUGGUAGUCGAGUAAUAGCAUCGGAACAUAUUCCUGCAUUAAGGAAGGAUGUAUUGGCAAAAUGUUAUGGAGGUGAUAUAUCCCGAAAGAAGAAAUUACUAAAGAAACAAGCCGAAGGAAAGAAGAAAAUGAAAGCCAUUGGAAAAGUGGACGUUCCACAGGAAGCUUUUCGCGCUAUGCUAAGUUUAAAACAAACUGACGAUUAGUAAAUAGAAUAUAUUUUACAUCCUAUCAAACAAUAGAGACCUUGGACUCUUAUUUGUAUUGGCUUUGUUGGAGCCAACUUUUGGAGCAUCUUAACCACAUCUUUUGGCCACUGCUGUAAUGAGCUCUUUGCCAAAGUCACAUGCGGAACUGCAGGACAAUAAAAUAUAGGCA